GUCUUCUGCUGGCGCCUUCUUCGCAUGACUCUAUAAACUGCUGGCUUGAUGGUGUGGUUGAAAAUCUCGUCAAAGAGUCUUGCUCACGCAACUUUUGAGAUGCUGGCAAAACUGUAGUGCGAAACAGCAAUGCAGACAUAUCCUGACCUGGAGCUACAAGAAUAACACUUAUGUCCUUCCCUGUACGUUCAGAUCCCCGUCAGCCGGAAGUGCACGCUAGCACUCUCCUUCUCGUAGGCACGAAACUGCUCUGUGCCUGGUUUGGUGGCACCAAAGAGGGAUAUCCCGACACCAAGAUUUGGUUAUCAACACGUGACUUGUCUCAAGCAGAUAGCUCCUGGUCCGAUUCCUACCCUGUAGCUGCUGAGGAUGGAUUAGCACAUUGGAAUCCUGUAUUGCUGGAAAUUCAAAAUCCCGAGAAAGUUCUCCUCUUUUACAAAGUUGGCUCUCCAAUCUCAUCGUGGUAUACUAAAGUUAUUGAGUCCGAGGAUGGCGGAAGCACUUGGAGCAGGCCACGAGAACUUGUUCCUGGAGACAAAGGUGGCCGUGGACCUGUAAAAAACAAGCCUAUCCUUUUGUCCGAUGGGUCCAUAAUUGCUCCAUCUUCCUUGGAAACUCCAGAUGGGGUCUGGAAUUGUUUCACAGACCGUUCUUCUGACGGUGGCAAAACAUGGCAGCGGUCAGAAUUCGCGCCAAUUGAUCGGACAUCAUGGCCAGGAGAGGGUGCUAUUCAGCCAAGUUUGAUCAACUAUGCUCCUAACAAGAUUACGAUGUUGACACGGAGCUCUGCUGGCUUUGUUGCCCGAUCUGAUUCUGACGACAAUGGAAAGACCUGGGGAAAGAUGUACUUGACCCCUCUGUUCAACAACAAUAGUGGCCUGGACGCUCUUCGCCUCGAAAAUGGAACAUGGCUUGUGGUACAUAAUCCGGUGCAACAGAGAUGGGGCCCACGGACGCCUCUGGUAAUAUCUAGCUCUUCAGAUGAGGGUAAAACUUGGCGAACGAUCGUGAGCUUAGAAGAUAAGCCACCACCAGCUGGAUUUACCAGCAUUGUAGCGCUAGAUACGGGCAUUGUGAACGAUGGCGAAAGUGAAUUUAGUUAUCCGGCUAUCAUCAGUGAUGGAAAAGGUGGUGUGCAUGUCAGCUACACGUAUGAGAGAAGCGGUAUAAAACAUGUGCACCUCGAGGCUGCUCGACUGACGUAG